AUUUACAGAAUGGAAAAUAAAACAGAUCAUCCAAACACGACGAACACUCCUACAGAUAACCAGGAGUGUUUGAAAAUUACCCAGGCUCUCUAUUACGACCUGGGGAUGCCUAUUUAUGCGAUCGUGGCCACAAUUAUCAUAACAUUUUUCGAAAAAAGGCGAUUCAAGACAGAGUUCUGUUUUGGUAGGCCAGGACUUCCAUUACCAAUUAAUUUCUUAGAUGGAACAACAAAUUCGAUAGCAAAUGCUGCAGCCUUCGGAUGUACUCUUGAACACAUUAUGUACUAUGUUUUUAUUAGUCAUAUAACAUGGACAGAUGAAAAAUGGUUAUUAGCACUCCAGCUUCUCCUGACCUGCUUCCUCAUGUCUUUAGUAUUUUACCCUAUAUUUGCUUGUUUGAAUUCACCCUCAAGAAUUCUUGGUUCAACUAUUGGAUUUUUAUACACCUUACUAUUGACUCUGGUUGUAUUUGCUCAAAAUUACAUGUGUAUCCAGAGGGCAUGGGGAUGGGCAAUUUAUGUGGUCGUUUUAGUUUGCGAAACUUAUCUGCUGAUUAUUUUCAUUUACCGCUUAGUAACAGCCCUGUCAAAGAAAUCGGUCAAUCGCAAAGAACCCCUCGUCAAAGUAGAUCAACUGUUACAUGUCCGAGAUUUGGUGCAGAAACCCAAAAACAGUUCUGAGGAAGAUGAAAUAAAAAAGAAGAUAAGUAAUUAUGCACGCGGCAUUAUGGAUGAGGCAAAGCUAUGCUGUCUACACAAAAGUCUCUACAGAUGUACCACCAGGACUGUAGCCAUCAACACAAUCGUCUUACUCGUCUUCUAUUAUGCAUUCAUAUGGACCGUGAUUGUAUCCGAGGAUUUGGGUCAGUUGUAUGAUGACCUUUCGAAUUCCUCAAUUAAAUACAUUCUCUGGGACUUGAUAGAGAUUCCAAAGACAGGUCGUCGCUAUUUGCAAACUGGAACACAAGUUAUAAGAGUCUCCCUAAUCAUCGCCAAUAUUCUAUCAGCUGUUUAUCUAAUUGCAAAUAUGAUCCUCAUAUAUCGGUCUCAGAGACAACAUAUCAUUCAGAUAUGGAGAGGAGACAGAUCUUUCAUUCCCAAAAAUUGUAUUCAAACGCAUGGUGAUAUGGUGAUGAAAAGUUUGAUGUUUGCAGGAAACCAAGUCUCGCAUCUUCUUGGAGGUUACCUAAUUUCACUAAUAGUUGUGUUCUCACUCUGUGUUGUCCUGGCGUAUUGUGUUGUAUUGCCUAUCAUAAAAGAGGUUCCUGAAAGCUUCCUUUCACCUUUGGAGGCUUUAUUACCUGGAGUGGUAUUCAUGUUUAUUUUCCGAGUAGUACUUAGAAUUAUCAGCCGUAAAGCUUUCUUACAAAACCAUUACAUCAGUUCCGACAACGGGGAACACUGGGAGAAAGUACUGGCUUUGGACAACAGGCGAGUGUACCAGAACCUGUCCUAUUUCCUGUUUUUCUACUAUAUACUGAUUGGUUUAUUCAGAUGUGUGUACCGGGUAAUAGUGUCCAUGUGUUUAGGACUAUUUUACGUAGCGCGUAUGGAUAGAUCUGUGUUAUUACCUGGAUAUGAACAUCUUGAUAUCAGUUACAUGACUUACCUUGGCUUCUUGGAGGUAGAACUUCACCAUUGCCACCCAGUGGUUGUUGUCUUUUGUGACCAGAUGAUCAAGGCUGUAAAACUGAACUAUUCUGCAACUAGUAAUAAACACAAUUCAAUGCAAAAUGCUUGUGAAAGCAGCGAGUAUGUCUUUUCUCGAGGCUACGCAACAAAAGCAAGGAAUAGGUGGCAAAAGAUGAAAACUUUGAUUUGCAAUCAGGCACUUUGUAAAGAUUCUAAAACAAAUUGUUCUUUUGAACAUCCUCUUUAUGCCAAGAAAACAGUGGUGGGGUGCUCAAUAGUUGCACCCAAAGACAAAAUGUAAAUGAGACGAAUAUUAAUUUUUUUGUGAUUUAUAGUUUUGAUAUAUAUUUUGUUAGAAAUAAAAGGUUGGUAUUUCCAUUGUCCAUUCCAUUGUCCAUUCAUCUAAAGGAAACUGAUAUAAACAUCUUUAUGGACCUUUAUUAUAAUUA